AUGACAAAAAAGCUCAUUACUGUUCUUGGCAUUACCGGGACGCAGGGCGGCUCUGUCGCUGGCCGAUUCCUCUCCCAUGCCGAAUGGCGCGUACGCGGACUAACGCGUAAUCCUGGCUCCGCCAAGGCCAGGGAAUGGGCGAGCAAAGGUGUCGAAAUCGUCAAAGGUGAUCACGAUGACUUGGAAUCACUCAGGAUCGCUUUCCGAGGCACUCAUGCCAUCUUUGCCGUCACUGACUGGGCUGGCUGCUACUCCCAAGUCACCGAGGACAAGGCUCUGCAGGAGAAGGCGAAGGCAGCAGGGAUGUCAGUCGAGGAAUACGCAGGGGACCUGGAAAGGCGACAAGGCAUCAACAUAGCGACGGCGGCCUCCGACAGCAAAGUCCUCUCCACCCUGGAGAAAUUCAUCUUUUCUACACUGGCCGCAGUGCAGCGAAUCAGCGGUGGCAAGUACAAGCAUGCGUACGAGUUCGACUCCAAGGCCAGUGCCGAGCGUUACAUACGGGAUGAACUUCCCGAGCUGCGUUCGAGGCUGAGCACCGUAACUCUCGGUAUUUUCCAAGAGACCUGGCGUGAGAUACCCGCUUUCAGACCGCGCAAGCAGCCAGAUGGCACGUUUGAAUACGUGCGUCUCAAAACUUCUGGCCCGCACCUGGAGAAUCCCGAGGUUGUUGCGACCCGCGAUACAGGCAAGUUUGUGGAGGCGCUGGUUCUUCAUCAUCCGGCUGGCACCGACGCCCUGGGCGCUAGUGAAAUAAUCACCAAGCCAGACUACGCAGCUCUCUGGGGUCGCACGCUUGGAGUCAAAGCGACAGUAAGAGACGUCUCUGAGGAGGAGUACGUAAAGUACAUUCCCGAAGGGAUGGAGAACAUGUUGGUGGACAUGGUCCGGUUUUUCGCAGAGUACGGGUAUGCAGGUGGAAAUCCCAAGGUCAAAACCCCGGCAGAGCUGCGUAUCGAAACGACCUCUUUGGAUGAAUACUUCCGAGGCGAGGAUUGGAGUGCAGUGUUGAAUGGAGAAAUCUGA